UGUGCCCCCACCCCUUUUCAAUAUGGCUGCCGUAUCUACACUCUCCAGUAACGCUCCGAUUGGAUAUUGACUCGACUCUGUAUCUUAAUGCCUCUUAUUUUUUGAAUUUAUCAACGAUAUUUAGUAUCAAAUUCAAUCUGAAUCUAUUACUCUCCCUUAUUUUAUUUUAAUGCAUUAGCAAACCUUCACCAACCACUACGUCGGGCCUUUUCCCCCAAAACAACCAGGUGCCAACAAUUCGUAUCCAUCAACAAUUUCCAAUGGUUUGACUACACUUUUCCUUUGUUAUUUCUUAAUGAACAAUGUGUGAAAACUGCGCCGAGCUGGUGGAGGUUUUAAAUGAAAUAUCGGAUGCAGACAGCACUGAGGGCCUACAGCUGAAGAAGGAGCAUGCUUUACGAGUCUUCAGCUACAUCAGCUCAUGGACCCAGAGGCAAUGUCUAUGCUGCUUCAAGGAGUACAAGCACCUGGAGGUGUUCAACCAGCUGGUCUACGCCCUCAUCAACCUGGUCAUCGCUCAGGUCACCAGUCUGAGGGACCGCCUCUGCAGCGCCACCAGCCAACGGGGCGUCACUGACACAGGGGACGGGGCCGCAGGUGGCGCAGAGGGGCCCGUGACAGAAUGGGGAGGCGAGGGAGGGGGUGGAAUAACUGGAGUUGGGCCACACCCCCAGCAACCGCCCUCCUCGCCUGUUGAGGACGAGCCGUUGAAUGUGGAGAGGGACUCGGCGGAGGAGGAUGCCGUCGGGGACGCCCCGGAGCAGAACCAGAAUAACAACAACCAGAACCCAGUCCAGGGGACGAGCCAGGCCCAGCAGGAGGCCCCCAAGCCAGAGGAAAGUAGUAGUGGUAUUGGGGCGUCUGAGGCUGGAGCUAGCAGCAGUACGGACAGCCAGGCCCUGGAGGACAUGUUUGACUCGUGGAGCACCGAGGACCGGGAGAAGCUGCUGCUCUGCGCCGCCAAGAUCUUCCAGAUUCAGUUCCCACUGUACACGGCUUACAAACACAACACACACCCCACCAUAGAGGACAUCUCUGCUCAUGAAAGCAAUAUCCUCGGCUCCUUCUGCGACAUGAACGAUGUGGAGGUCCCCUUGCACUUGCUGCGCUAUGUUUGCCUGUUCUGUGGCAAGCACGGUCUGUCGCUCAUGAAGGACUGCUUUGAGUCAGGCACGCCGGAGAGCCUGCCCUUCCCCAUCGCCCAUGCCUUCAUCACCAUCGUCUCCAAUAUCCGAAUAUGGUUGCACAUUCCCGCCGUCAUGCAGCACAUCAUACCGUUCCGCACGUAUGUAAUACGGUACCUGUGCAAGCUGUCGGACCAGGAGCUGCGUCAGAGCGCUGCACGCAACAUGGCCGACCUGAUGUGGAGCACGGUGAAAGAGCCGCUGGACAGCGCACUGUGCUUCGACAAGGAGAGCCUGGACCUGGCCUUCAAGUACUUCAUGUCCCCCACGCUCACCAUGAGGCUGGCCGGCCUCAGCCAAAUCACGAAUCAGCUCCACACCUUCAACGAUGUCUGUAAUAAUGAGUCUCUGGUGUCCGACACCGAAACGUCAAUAGCAAAGGAACUAGCUGACUGGCUAAUCAACAACAAUGUGGUGGAGCACAUAUUUGGACCAAAUUUGCACAUAGAGAUAAUUAAACAGUGCCAAGUGAUCCUGAACUUCCUUGCCGCAGAGGGCAGGCUCAGCACCCAGCAUGUGGACUGCAUCUGGGCCGCAGCUCAGCUGAAGCACUGUAGCCGUUACAUCCACGACCUGUUCCCUUCGCUCAUCAAGAACCUGGACCCGGUGCCGCUGCGCCACGUCCUCAACCUGGUGUCUGGCCUGCACCCCAGCGCACACACCGAACAGACCCUGUACCUGGCCUCCAUGCUGAUCAAGGCUCUGUGGAACAACGCCCUGUCCGCAAAGGCCCAGCUCUCCAAGCAGAGCUCCUUCGCCUCGCUGCUCAACACCAACGUCCCCAUGGGCAACAAGAAAGGCUCCCCAGCGGCCAGCCCGGACAGCAGUGACAACAGCGACACUCACCACAGCGGCGGUAGCGACAUGGAGAUGGACGAGCAGAUGAUGGGCGGCAGCAAGCGGGGCCAGCAGAGACUCUCUGACACGGAGGAGUCGAUGCAGGGCAGCUCGGACGAGACGGCCAACAGCAUGGAGGAGGGCAGCAGUGGGCCGGGCAGCAGCAGUGGCCACAGCGAGGGCUCCAGCAACGAGGCGGGCUCCAGCCGUGCCAGCCAGUCAGCGGGAAGCCCAGGCAGUGAGCUGCACUCUGAUGACAUGGCUGACAGCGAGGUCCUCAAGGAGGAAGAGGAGGAGGAAGAUGACGAAGAUGAUGAUGAAGAUGAGGACGACGAAGAGGAUGAAGAGGGGAACAACCGGGGUGUAGCGGCCGAGGGCAGUCCGCAGAAGCAGCCCCGGGACCAGCCGGAGGUCAGGAAGCGGAAAGCGGGCGAGGCACUGGUGGAGGAGCAUGGCGACAGAACCGAAAGAGGGGCAGGAGACGGACCAAAACCCAAAUGUUUGCCCUUUAAUCCUGAGGCAGCCGUCGGCAUGGUAACGGCUGCGGUAUCGAUGGAGGGCCGCAUGAGGAUGCUGGACGCCUGCUCGGCCCGGCCUGAGGGGCCCGAACAACAACAUUCAGAGAUGGGAGGCCCCUCAAUCCAAAUGGCCCCGGGCCCCCAGGAGCAGACCUGCCUGCCCUGCCCCGGGGACUUCCUGGGGGACGCCAUGGGCAACGAGCUGUUCAACUGCCGACACUUCAUCGGGCCUCACAACCACCAUCAUCACCACCACCAUGAAGGGCACAUGGUGGACGACAUGCUGAGCGCAGACGACGUGUCCUGCAGCAGCUCCCAGAUCAGCGCCAAGUCGGAGAAGAACAUGGCCGACUUUGACGGUGAGGAGUCUGGUUGUGAGGAGGAGCUGGUGCAGAUCAACUCGCACGCCGAGCUCAGCUCCCACUUGCAGCAACACCUGCCCAACCUGGCCUCUAUCUACCACGAGCACAUGGUGCAAGCGGCUGUGUUUUAUUCCUCUGCAGGCCCGCAGGUCCACAAGCACCAGUACUCUGGCAACGCCGUGACUGACAUCAACCUGGACAACGUGUGCAAGAAGGGCAACACGCUGCUCUGGGACCUGGUGCAGGAUGAGGACGCGAUCCACCUGUCGGAAGGCCUGAUCAACGAGGCGGAGAAGCUCCUGUGCUCUCUGGUGUGCUGGUUCACCGACCGUCAGAUCCGCAUGCGUUUCAUCGAGGGCUGCCUGGAGAACCUAGCCCACCACAGAUCCGUGGUCGUCUCUCUGCGCCUCCUUCCCAAACUUUUCGGCACUUUUCAGCAGUUCGGCUCCAGCUACGACACCCACUGGAUCACCAUGUGGGCGGAGAAGGAGCUGCACAUGAUGAAGCUGUUCUUUGAGAACCUGCUGCACUACAUCCAGGAAGUCCGAGAGCAGAGGCACAAGUUUGCCCUGUAUGGCCACAGUGCGGAGGUCCAAGUUCGCUUGCAGUUCCUGACCUGUGUCUUCUCCACACUGGGCUCCCCAGACCACUUCAGACUGAGUCUAGAGCAGGUGGACAUCCUGUGGCACUGCCUGGUGGAGGACGGAGAGUGUUACGACGACGCGCUGCACUGGUUCCUCAACCAGGUCCGCAGCAAAGACCAGCACGCCAUGGGCAUGGAGACCUACAAACACCUCUUCCUGGAAAAGAUGCCCCAGCUGAAGCCGGAGACCAUCAGCAUGACGGGCCUCAACCUCUUCCAGCAUCUCUGUAACCUGGCCCGUCUGGCCACCAGCGCUUACGACAGUGGCUCCAACUGCGAGCUGUGUGGCAUGGACCAGCUGUGGGGCAUCGCCCUCAGGGCCCAGUCCGCAGACAUCAGCCGCGCUGCCAUCCAGUACAUCAACUCCUACUACAUCAACGCUGGUAAGACGGGCCUGGAGAAGGAGCAGGAGUUCAUCAGUAAGUGCAUGGAGAGCCUGAUGAUGACCUCGGCCAACCUGGAGAAGGACGCCCACUCCAGCCUCACCGUCAUCGAGAGGGGCCUGCUCAUGCUCAAGACCCACCUGGAGGCCUUCCGACGCAGGUUUGCGUACCACCUGCGUCAGUGGCAGAUCGAGGGCACGGGCAUCAGCAGCCACCUAAAGGCGCUGAGCGACAAGCAGUCUCUGCCACUGAGGAUCGUGUGCCAGCCCGCCGGCCUGCCCGACAAGGUACCCAAGAAAGUACCCAGCAUCUUGAUGACCAUCGAGAUGUACCCCAGUGACCAGGUGGCAGACCUGCGGGCUGAGGUGACCCACUGGUACGAGAACCUGCAGAAGGAGCAGAUGAACCAGCAGGCCCAGCUGCAGGAGUUUGGGCAGAGCAGCCGCCAGGGGGACUUCCCAGGUGGUUUGAUGGGCCCGGUCAGAAUGAUCUCCUCUGGCCAUGAGCUCACCACGGACUACGAUGAGAAGACCCUGCAUGAGCUGGGCUUCAAAGACAUGCAGAUGGUGUUUGUCUCGCUGGGCGCCCCACGGCGGGAGCGUAAGGGCGAGGGGGUGCAGCUCCCGGCCUCGUGUCUCCCCCCGCCCCAGAAGGAGCACAUCCCCAUGCUACUGCUGCUCCAGGAGCCCCACCUCACCACCCUGUUCGACCUGCUGGAGAUGCUGGCCUGCUUCAAGCCCCCCAGUGCCCUGGGAGACAGCCCCGAGAACCUACGAUGUGAGGAGCUGCAUCUCCAUGCUGAGAACCUGUCGAGGCGCGUCUGGGAGCUGCUCAUGCUGCUGCCCACCUGCCCCAACAUGCUGCUGGCCUUCCAGAACAUCGCCGACGACACGGGAGGCGAGGGUCUGUGCUGGAAGGACCUGCUGAGGAUCAAGAGCCCCCACAAGCUACUGUACGCCCUGGAGAUCAUCGAGGCCCUGGGCAAGCCCAACCGACGCAUCCACCGGGAGUCCACGGGGAGCUACAGUGACCUGUACCCAGACUCUGACGACUCCAGCGAGGACCAGAUAGAGAACAGUAAGAACUCCUGGAGCUGCAAGUUUGUGUCAUCUGGAGGACUUCAGUUGCUGUUGGAGAUCUUCAACUCUGCCAUUCUGGAGCCCAAGGACCAGGAGUCUUGGACAGUGUGGUUGUUGGACUGCCUGGCUUGCCUGCUUAAGCUCAUCUGCCAGUUUGCGGUGGACCCGGCCGACCUGGACCUAGCCUACCACGACGUCUUCUCCUGGUCGGGCCUCACCGACAGCCAGCGCAAAAGGGCCUGGCCUGGCAAGUCCCGCAAGUCCGCCGGCGACCACGGCAAGGGCCUGCACAUCCCCCGCCUCACAGAGGUUUUCCUGGGCCUUGUCCAAGGCACCAACCUGAUCCAGCGCUUGAUCAACGUGGCCUACACGUACGACAACCUAGCACACAGAGUUUUGAAGGCCCAAUCGGAUCACCGGUCCCGCCAUGAAGUGACCCACUACUCCAUGUGGCUGCUGGUGAGCUGGGCCCACUGCUGCUCCACGGUCAAGUCCGGUCUGGCCGACAGCGACCACCUCCACGACUGGCUCAAGAAGCUCACCCUGCUGGUGCCGGAGACGGCGGUGCGUCACGAGGCGUGUAACGGCCUGUACAAGCUGUCCCUGUCGGGUCUGGAGGGAGGAGAGUCCAUCAACAGGUCCUUCCUGCUGCUGGCCGCCUCCACGCUGCUCAAGUUCCUCCCCGACGCACAGGCCCUCAAACCACUGCGGGUGGAGGACUAUGAAGAGGAGCCCGUGCUGAGGACGGGCUGUAAGGAGUACUUCUGGCUGCUGUGCAAGCUCAUCGACAACAUCCACGUCAAAGACGCCAGCCAAACCACUCUGUUGGACCUAGAUGCUUUAGCCAGACACCUGGCCGACUGCAUACGGAGCCGUGAGAUCCUGGACCAGCAGGACGGCGCCAUCGAGGACGACGGCCUCACGGGCCUCCUGCGCCUCGCCACCAGCGUCCUCAAACACAAGCCCCCCUUCAAGUUCUCCCGAGAGGGCCAGGAGUUCCUGCGCGACGUCCACAACCUGCUCUUCCUCCUUCCCAGCCUGGCGGACCGCGCCCAGCCCAAGUGCAAGUCGCAUGCGGCCCGCGCCGCCGCCUACGACCUCCUGGUGGAGACGGUGAAGGGCUCGGUGGAGAACUACAGACUGCUUCACAACUGGGUCAUGUCCCAGCACAUGCAGACCUCUCACGCCCCGUACAAGUGGGACUACUGGCCCCACGAUGACGUGCGUGCCGAGUGUCGCUUCGUGGGCCUCACUAACCUGGGGGCCACCUGCUACCUGGCCUCCACUAUCCAACAGCUCUACAUGAUCCCUGAGGCACGCCAGGCCGUCUUCACUGCGAAGUAUGCAGAGGAGAUUAAGCACAAGACCACUUUACUGGAGCUCCAGAAGAUGUUCACCUAUCUCAUGGAGAGCGAGAGGAAGGCGUACAACCCCCGGCCGUUCUGUAAGACCUACACCAUGGACAAGCAGCCCCUGAACACGGGCGAGCAGAAGGACAUGACCGAGUUCUUCACCGACCUCAUAACCAAGAUAGAGGAGAUGUCCCAGGACCUGAAGAACACAGUGAAGACGCUCUUUGGAGGGGUCAUCACCAACAAUGUGGUCUCGCUGGACUGUGACCACGUGAGUCAGACAGCCGAGGAGUUCUACACAGUCAGGUGCCAGGUGGCCGACAUGAAGAACAUCUACGAAUCUCUGGACGAGGUGACCAUCAAGGACACUCUGGAGGGGGACAACAUGUACACCUGCUCCCAGUGUGGCAAGAAAGUACGCGCCGAGAAGAGGGCGUGCUUCAAGAAGCUGCCUCGCAUCCUGAGCUUCAACACCAUGCGCUACACCUUCAACAUGGUCACCAUGAUGAAGGAGAAGGUCAACACGCACUUCUCCUUCCCCCUGCGCCUCGACAUGACCCCCUACACUGAGGACUUCCUCAUGGCCAAGGGUGACAGGAAAGAGGGUUUCCGGGAGGAGGGUGAGGCUAAGGUGGCGGAGAGCUACGAGUACGACCUCAUCGGCGUCACGGUUCACACGGGCACGGCCGACGGCGGCCAUUACUACAGUUUCAUCCGGGACAUCGUCAACCCGCACGCCUACAAGAAUAACAAAUGGUACCUGUUCAACGAUGCCGAGGUAAAGCCCUUUGAUUCAGCCCAGCUAGCCUCUGAGUGCUUCGGUGGAGAGAUGACGACAAAAACGUAUGACUCUGUCACCGACAAGUUCAUGGACUUCUCCUUUGAGAAGACCCACAGCGCCUACAUGCUUUUCUACAAGAGAGUGGAGCUAGAGGAGGAAAAUGGCAAGGACUUCAACUUUGACGUUUCUCCAGAUCUACUCGAGUGGAUUUGGCAAGACAACAUGCAGUUUCUCCAGGACAAGAACAUAUUCGAGCACACAUACUUUGGGUUCAUGUGGCAGCUUUGCAGCAGCAUCCCUAGCACUUUACCAGACCCCAAAGCCAUCUCCCUCAUGACUGCCAAGCUUAGCACAUCGUUUGUCCUGGAGACAUUCAUUCACUCCAAGGAAAAGCCCACCAUGCUGCAGUGGAUCGAGCUACUGACCAAACAAUUCAACAACAGCCAGGCGGCCUGCGAGUGGUUUUUGGACCGCAUGGCUGAUGAUAACUGGUGGCCCAUGCAGAUCCUCAUCAAGUGCCCCAAUCAGAUUGUUCGACAGAUGUUUCAGAGGCUGUGUAUCCACGUCAUCCAGAGGCUACGGCCAGUCCACGCCCACCUCUACCUACAACCUGGCAUGGAGGACGGGUCUGACGACAUGGACGGGCCGGUGGAGGACAUUGGCAGCCGCUCGUGCGUGACGCGCUUCGUCAAGACGCUGCUGUCCAUCAUGGAGCACGGCGUCAAGCCCCACAGCAAACACCUGACCGAGUACUUCGCCUUCCUCUACGAGUUCGCCAAGAUGGGCGAGGAGGAGAGUCAGUUCCUUCUGUCCCUACAAGCCAUUUCCAUCAUGGUGCACUUCUACAUGGGCACCAAGGGGCCUGAGAACCCCCAGGUGGAGGUGCUGUCUGAGGAGGAGGGAGAAGAGGAGGAUGAGGAGGAGGACAUCUUAUCCCUGGCGGAAGAGAAGUACCGCCCUGCCGCCUUGGAGAAGAUGAUAGCUCUCAUCGCUCUGCUGGUGGAACAGUCCCGCUCUGAGAGACACCUGACUCUGUCCCAGAGUGACAUGGCAGCCCUGACCGGGGGGAAAGGCUUCCCCUUCCUCUUCCAGCACAUCCGAGACGGCAUCAACAUCAGGCAGACCUGCAACCUCAUCUUCAGCCUGUGUCGCUACAACAACCGCCUGGCCGAGCACAUUGUAUCCAUGCUCUUCACCUCUAUCGCUAAACUGACGCCUGAGGUAAGCACUGAUGCGGCAAACCCUUUCUUCAAGCUGCUCACCAUGCUGAUGGAGCUGUCAGGUGGUCCUCCGGGCAUGCCUUCCUUCGCCUCUUACAUACUACAGAGGAUCUGGGAGGUGAUAGAGUACAACCCUAGCCAGUGUCUGGACUGGUUGGCGGUGCAGACCCCCAGGAACAAGCUGGCUCACAGCUGGGUGUUGCAGAACAUGGAGAACUGGGUGGAGCGCUUCCUACUUGCCCACAACUACCCCCGUGUCCGCACAUCGGCAGCCUACCUCCUGGUCUCCCUGAUUCCCAGCAACUCGUUCCGGCAGAUGUUCCGCUCCACGCGUUCCCUCCACAUCCCCACGCGGGACUUGCCCCUGUCCCCCGACACCACCGUGGUGCUCCACCAGGUGUACAACCUGCUUCUGGGCCUGCUGGGUCGGGCCAAGCUCUACGUGGACGCGGCGGUGCAUGGGACCACCAAGCUGGUGCAGUACUUCAGCUUCAUGACCUACUGCCUCAUCUCCAAGACGGAGAAGCUCAUGUUCUCCGGUUACUUCAUGGACCUGUGGAACCUCUUCCAGCCCAAGCUGUCUGAACCAGCCAUCGCCACUAACCACAACAAGCAGGCCCUGCUCUCCUUCUGGCACAACGUGUGUAUGGAGUGUCCCGAGAACGUCCGGCUGGUCGUCCAGAACCCCGUGGUCACUAAGAACAUCGCCUUCAACUACAUCCUGGCCGACCACGACGACCAGGAGGUGGUGCUGUUCAACCGGGGAAUGCUGCCGGCGUACUACGGCAUCCUGAGGAUGUGCUGCGAGCAGUCGCCCGCCUUCACCCGCCAGCUGGCCUCGCACCAGAACAUCCAGUGGGCCUUCAAGAACCUGACGCCGCACGCCAGCCAGUACCCAGGGGCGGUGGAGGAGCUGUUCAACCUGAUGCAGCUGUUUGUGGCCCAGCGGUCGGACAUGAGGGAGGAGGAGCUGGAGGACGUCAAGCAGUUUAAGAAGACCACCAUCAGCUGCUACCUCCGCUGCCUGGACGGACGCUCCUGCUGGACCACACUCAUCAGUGCCUUCCGUGUGUUGUUGGAGAACGAUGAGGACAGACUACUAGUGGUCUUCAACAGAGGACUCAUCCUCAUGACAGAGUCGUUCAACACCCUGCACAUGAUGUACCACGAGGCCACAGCGUGUCAUGUGACGGGGGACCUGGUGGAGCUGCUGUCCAUCUUCCUGUCGGUCCUCAAGGCCACGCGGCCCUAUCUGCAGCGCAAAGACGUGAAGCAGGCUCUUAUCCAGUGGCAGGAGAGGAUCGACUUUGCCCACAAGCUGCUCACCCUCCUCAACUCCUACAGCCCUCCGGAGCUCCGCAACGCCUGCCUGGAUGUUCUGAAGGAGCUGGUCCUGUUGAGUCCCCAUGACUUCCUGCACACUCUGGUGCCCUUCCUGCAGCACAACCACUGCACCUACCACCACAGCAACAUCCCCAUGUCCUUUGGGCCUUACCUGCCCUGCAGAGAGAACAUCAAGCUGAUGGGAGGCAAGAACAACAUCAGGCCUCCCAGACCUGAACUCAACAUGUGCCUCCUGCCUUCCAUGGUGGAGACCAGCAAGGGUAAAGAUGAGGUGUAUGACCGGAUGCUCCUCGACUACUUUCUCUCCUACCACCAGUUCAUCCACCUGCUGUGUCGAGUCGCCAUCAACUGCGAGAAGUUCACCGAGACCCUUGUCAAACUAAGUGUCCUGAUAGCGUACGAGGGCGUGCCUCUGCACUUGGCCCUCUUCCCCAAGCUGUGGACGGAGCUUUGCCAGUCUCAGUCGGCCCUGGCUAAGACGUGUGUGAAGCUUCUGUGCGAGGACCCGGCGUUCGGCGAGUACAUCAAGUGCAUCCUGAUGGACGAGAGGACCUUCCUCAACAACAACAUGGCCUACUCCUUCCUCACCUGCUUCCUGCACAAGGUCCAGAGCCAGGUGCUGUCAGGCCCCAGCUGUGCCAACCUGAUCAGUCUGCUGGUGACCAACCUGCUGAACGAGUACCACAGCCUACAGCCCGAGCUGGCCUCGCACCGCCUGGAGCUGAGCAAGACCAGCGGCCUCCUCAACGCUGACCUGCGAGCGUUAGCGUUGAUGUUGUCCAUACACACCCCCCAGGCGUUGGACCCGGCUCUGGGUCCGGCCCUGCAGGAGUUGCUGUCCAAGUGUAGCGCCUGUGUGCAGCAACGCAGCGCGCUCGAACAGGAGGCCAAGGACCGCAAGGCCAAAGCGGAGGAGGAGGGCGCCACCCCAGUGAAGCGCCGGCGGAUGAGUAGCGACGACGGCCCCGGGGAAGGAACCAGCGCCGGCACCAGCACCGGGGCUGUGACUGUUUCCGGACCCACCUGUGCUGCCUCCACCUCCUCCUCCCUCCCCCCAUGUGUCGAGCUGAAGCCGGAGCACCAGGAGGCACUGACUCCCACCAGCACCUCGGACACAGAGACACGGGACUCCUCGUCCCUCAUCGACCCGGGAACCGAGCACGACCCGCCCUCACCGGAUCCUACCGCUGCCACCAGUUGCAGCCAACCCCCUGGGGACGCCUCCCCCAAGGAGGAGAAGAUGGAGGCUUCCUCUUCCUCCUCUUCCUCAUCAUCCUCCUCUUCCUCCCUCCCGGAGACAGGAGAGUUGUCGUACGGCGGCAGCGGACAGGGAGGGAAGGAGCCGCAGUCGUCUCAGACUCAGCAGGCAGCCAUGGCAGGAGCGGAGGAGGAAGAGAGGAGGGAAGCAACGGCGGCAAUGGAUGAGACUUGUGGAGGCUCGGCCGCCCUGGCCUCGGAGGACCUGGCCUUUCCAUCUGCCCUGGGGCUGGCAGGAGAGGGGCCAGAGGUCCCAGGGUGCAGUAGCCACGCCCCCUCGCAGGCUCUGACGAACUCUGCCCCGCCUCCGGACACCCUGGAAAUGCUCUACAGGACAGUGGAGGCCACUAUCGCCGUGGUUACAAAACUAUUUGGGAAAGGGCCGUGCUCCGCCUCCUCGUGACAUCCCCAUUAUUGCUCUCAGCGCCAUGAGCCCUUUUUAAAAAUAUUUUUUGUCUGUUAUUUUUUCUCUCUAAAUGAAUUAUGCUCUUUCGUUUAACACUUUUCUUUCCCUGUUUUCAUCCUUUCGUUUGUCGUUUCCCUUUUCUGUGUGUGUUGCGUUGGCCUCUGCUGAUGUGCUUCUAUCAGUUCUUGUGCUCCGGUAUGUCACGCGAUCACUCCUCCCCAGCUUCAAUGGCAGAAGAAGGCUCCAGACAGCAUGCUCCCAAAUGACUAUAAACAUGCACAGCCGCCAAUCCAUUGGACGAAAGAGAUCAAUGGAUCGGCAAAAAUAAUACUUUUUUUUUUUUAAACCUAUUUGAGUUCUUUUUGAAGUGACUUAUUUGUUUGAGGUUGCUGUAACGGGGAAAGGUUUACAGGAAUUUUAGUCUCUUCUGUAUGCAAUUUAAUUUUAUUGCAUUUUUACUCUGUAUAAAAUGGUGUCCUCUGUGCCAGUUUUGUACUUUAUGAAAGAGGCAAAAGUUGCCUUGCUUUUUUUCUGUGGUUAAUAUCCAAACUAAGUUUACCUGUACAUUAAAAAAGAACCACAAGAAACUUGAUUCUGUAAAGAAUCUUCUCCUAGUUGUUGCCUGGCGGUGUAUAUGAAAACUAUAUAUAUAUAGAUAUAUAUAUCUAUAUAUAUAUAUAUAUAAUGGUGCUUUAUUUGACACGAUAUCUGUGGGUGAAAUAAAGCAGACUUGGUGUAACAGUUGGAGCUUUAUUUUAUUUACUGAAAAUACAUUCCAUAAUCUAUUGUCAUUCUUGCUUCUUCUGGUUUUGUUUCUUUUUUUAUUUAUUUUGAUAUAGGAUAAAUUAAUAAAAAUUGUAAUAUGAAUAAUUCUGAACUGAAAACCACAAUGAGCUAUGAUCAUUUUUUUCCCUAUAGCGUCCUCGCACAUCCUGGAUUAAAUCUGAUUGAUUUAGCAUUG